UCUCCUCUCAUUAUCGACUUCUGUGUCUCUCUCUCUCUCUCUGGUCUGAGAUCUGCAAAGCCACAAUCCAACCAAAUUCAGGGGGGGGAGACGCAGUGCCAGAAAUUGAAAGCCCAGAAAAUUAUUUACUUCUUUUUUUUUAUAUAUAUAUAUAUCUCUGCUGAAAAUCCCUUUUUCGGAUCCAUCCAUCCAUCCAUCCAUAUCCAUCUCGUGUAUUUAUCCCUAGGCGGGGGCGCGCAUCAUCGUCGUCGCCAUCAUCAUCAUCAUCAUCAUCAUGAGGAUUCGCAAGAACGCCAAGCUCUCCUCCGUCCUCCGCUCCCAAGCCGCGCCGCCGGAGGCCCCCCUCCCCUCCCACGUCUGCCUCCUCAACCAGUCGCCCUGGGACGUCCUCCCCUUCUCCUUCCCCGACGCUCUCCCUCCCUCCUCCUCCUCCCUCCCCCAGCAGCUCGAUGGAGGAGAGGAUAGCUUCACCGCCAAUGGCAGCAGCUUCUGCGAUUCCCUCGGAGCCGUCGACAGCAGCGUCGCCUCGAUGAUGGCGGUGGACGCCGUAGACGAGACGAUUAUCGUCAGCAAACUCGGAGGCCGCGCCUACGACCGCAUGAAUAUCGAGGAUAGGACGAACAUCAGCAGCUACGAAGCUCAAAAUGGAGGCGAUUUCGAUGGCGAUUUCAGCUUCAAGGUGUGCUGCAACAAGACCGACGGCAAGCGGUGGCAAUGCAAGAAGGACGCCGUGGACGGCCACUACUUGUGCCAGCAUCACCUGUCGCAGCUCAAGUCCUACAUUACUACUGCUGCUGCUGACGAGGAGGAGGAGGAGGACGAUAGCAACGCCGCAUAUGCCGGCGACUCCGCCUCCAGAAAGCUGGACAAGUCCUCCGCCUCCACUGGCCGUCGCGGUAGGCCCCGCGGGGCGAAGAAGAACUCUUCCUCCUCGGCGGCGGUGGCUGCGGCUGCUGCUGCGAGCUCGAACCAGUUCUACUAUUACUCCGGCUUCGGGCCGUCCUGGGGCAAGAGGCGCAGCAGCGGGAGGGCCGGGGACCAGCCGCGGAGGCCGGAGGGGAGGGCGGGGGGCAGCCCCCAGCCGACUCCGCCGCGGAUCGGCGGCGAGGGGAUCGAUUACGUGGAUUACCACAUGGACGACGACGACGAAGAGGUGGAGGAGGAGGAGGACGACGACGACGACGACGGAGGAGACAGCGGGAAGAAGCGGAUGAGGAAGCCGGUGAAGGCGCGAUCGCUGAAGUCGCUCAUGUGAAGUAAAUUCUAUAACAUCGUUUGGGAUUUUGGAUCGUGGGUUUAUGGUUACGGUGGUUGGUUCGCUCGCAUUGCGCUGGAGAUUAUCGCGAACGAGAGAUUGCAGCGUUUUUCUGCAGUGUUUAGGGUUAAGGGGGCGUGGUUUUUUUCAGU